CGACGCCAUCCUGAAGUACCUCACCACCAAGUACGAUGUCCCAGAGCACUGGUAUCCACGGCAACCAGAGAGACGAGCCCGAGUGGACGAGUACACAGCGUGGCAUCACACCAACACACGACCGCACGCUGCUAAAGUCUUCAUCCUGGAGGUGCUGCUCCCAGCUCAGUCUGGCUCUCCGGUGGAUGAAGCCCGUUUGAAUCGUGCUCUCUCCGACCUCGACGACACGCUGGAUAAACUGGAGUCCAUGUUUCUUCGCCGCCAGCCUUUCCUCUGCGGUGAUGACAUCACUGUGGCCGACCUGCUCGCGACGUGCGAGCUCACGCAGCCUCUGGGCGGGGGCAGAGACGUCCUGAAGGAGCGUCCUCAGCUGCAGCGGUGGAGGAGUCGAGUCCAGUCGGCCGUCGGUGAGGCAUUUGACGAAGCUCACAGCGUCCUGUAUGCCCUCAGAGACCGCCGCCGAGCCCGUCUGUGACAUCUGCAUGAGGGGGAGGAGUCAGUCGAGGGUGUGAGGAGGAUGAAGGAGUGGCUCAAUUUCACUUUGAUUUCUCUGCUUUAAAAACCUCAGAGGCCUUCGAGCCAUCACAGAGUUCCUGGACUCUGAUCGAUGACAGAAUCAAUAAAUAUCGAUGAAUCAAUGUUGGAGUUCAAUGUUUGAAUCAGCUGAAGCACUUUAACAGGAAAUGAGCUUUGAAAUGAAAAUAAAAAAAGCUGCUUGUACUUUG